UUAAACGCGCUCAAGAGGAUUUGUAAUGUUAAUAGAUUGUCCGACAGAGCAUGAACGUCUAGUAUAUAAGUACACUAAGUACUGCAGAUCCGUUUACAUUGUUGCAUGUUUACAUUAAAUCUGUGCAAUUGAUGGCAGCCAAAACUCGGGAUAAUGUCGUUUAGUUUGGUUAAAUUAAUAAGAGGAUUAAUUAAUACAACGCUCCCCUAUACACUACAAAUGAAAUACCUCGUCUAUGAUGUUUGCAACGAUGAAUAUGUAAACAAAAUAGUUUAAGAUCCUGUUAUUUUUUGACUAUGUUGUAUUCCGUGCAAUACUGAGGCUGUUAUGGAUUCUGUGAUGGAUGAUGGUGAUAACCCGGGAGCGGACCGUGGAAUUGUUGAGGCGGAUUCGCCGAGGGCUCGGGCCAGGUCUGUGAUGAAUACGAAGCUCUACGGAGUCAGGCCCAAGAGUGUCUCAUCAACUAGAGCUAGCAGUGCCAAAAAAGAGGAUGUUUCGGUUCUCAGUCAUUCCAGCCUUAUGAUCUUUAGCUCCUUUGUGAACCAACAAACAAUUGAACAGAUUGGGCUCAAACUUGGCGUUCCCAAACAUGUUAUAAAUAGAAUAAAGAAUCACGUGGUAGAUGAGGUCGUGGGGCUACAUGAACCAAUCGUAGUUCAGAAUUUUCAGAUACUCUGGGCCUGGCGGGGCCGGAAGUCAACAAAGAAAAUGGUGGAUCAACUUUUAAAUGUCUUACGCGGAAUAAACAAAUGGGAACUUGCAGUGAUUGUCAGUGCUGCGCACAAAGAAAACAGAAGAAUCCGAAUGAAAGAUUUCAAGUAGAACGUGUUCACUACAUAAUGGAUUACAAUUAAGCAUGAUAACGUCUUUUUUUUCCUGAGAGACAGGAGACAUUUAAUGCAUGUAUUCUCAUAUGAGUGUGACAAACUGAGCACGUCAUGAAACAAGAUUGA